AUGAUGGCUCCCAUCUUCUUCGACAGAAUCCCUUGCAAGCGGAACCUACAAAAUCAACCAUUAAACCCGCCGACCCAGUGCCCAGCCGCCGCCGAAAAUGACGGCUUGGUUGAAAACUUGGCUACUGAUUAUGAAGUUCAGUCUCUUGAAGACAGCGGCGUAGGAGGCUUGGCCACCGAAGAAGUCUCCAUCCGGACGGGCGGAAUAUACGGAGGCGGCGGCGGAGAGUGCUCCAACGUGUCUGUUCCAUGCGCCGCCUAUGGUAAUGACCAGGUCGCUAUCUCGUUCCGCGGCCGGGUCUUUGUGUUCGAUGGCGUUACCGCUGAUAAGGUGCAAGCAGUGCUUUUACUUUUGGGUGGAUGCGAAUUUGAUCCUGGCACUUUAGGUGUUGAUACAGCGUACCAUAUACAGAGGGCUUCAAAUCCAAACAGGGCAGAAUCUCUGAAUAGGUUUCGUCAAAAGAGGAAAGAGAGGUGCUUUGAGAAGAAAAUUAGAUACAAUGUCCGGCAAGAAGUUGCACUCGGGAUGCAGCGCAGGAAGGGUCAAUUUGCUUCAAGAAAUUCUGAGAAAUCUACUAUGGAUGCCGCACAGGAUUUUGGAAAUGAGGAAAAAGAACAAGAUACUCUGUGCACUCAUUGUGGCACUAGUUCAAAGGCUACUCCAAUGAUGCGGCGAGGGCCAGCUGGUCCAAGAACUCUUUGCAAUGCAUGUGGGCUAUUUUGGGUAAACAAGGGGACCAUGCGAGAUCUUUCCAAGACAAUUCUAUGA